CGGAAGCGCGGGCGGGAGGGGGCGCCGGCGCGGUCCCCUCGGAGGGGCGCUGGUGCGCGGCAGAGGCUCCGCGUGCGGGUGGGGACGCGAACGCUGCGCCAUGAGCGGCGCGGGGAGCCGCGGCGCCGAGGCCGGCGCUGCCCAGGCCGAGUCCGCGGGCGCGGCGCUGAGCGUGGACGUGGCGGGGCUGCUGGCGCAGCUGGCGCGCAGCUUCGCGCUGCUGCUGCCGGUGUACGCGCUCGGCUACCUGGGCCUGAGCUUCAGCUGGGUGCUGCUGGCGCUCGGGCUGCUCGUGUGGUGCCGGCGCAGCCGCGGCCUCAAGGCCACCCGCCUGUGCCGCGCCCUGGCGCUGCUGGAGGACGAGGAGCGCGCCGUGCGCCUGGGGGUGCGCGCCUGCGACCUGCCGGCCUGGGUUCAUUUUCCAGACACCGAACGAGCAGAAUGGCUAAAUAAGACUGUAAAACAUAUGUGGCCUUUCAUUUGCCAGUUUAUAGAGAAGUUGUUUCGAGAAACUAUAGAGCCAGCUGUGCGGGGAGCAAACACCCACCUUAGCACUUUCAGUUUCACUAAAGUUGACGUGGGUCAGCAGCCCCUCAGGAUCAAUGGUGUUAAGGUAUACACUGAAAAUGUGGACAAAAGGCAAAUAAUUUUAGACCUUCAGAUUAGUUUUGUAGGAAACUGUGAGAUUGACUUGGAGAUCAAGCGGUAUUUUUGUAGAGCUGGUGUGCAAAGUAUCCAGAUUCAUGGUACAAUGCGGGUGAUCCUGGAACCGCUGAUUGGAGACAUGCCCCUAGUGGGAGCCUUGUCUAUCUUCUUCCUUAGGAAACCACUUAUAGAAAUUAACUGGACAGGACUGACUAAUCUUCUCGAUAUCCCUGGAUUAAAUGGUCUGUCGGAUACAAUCAUCCUGGACAUAAUAUCAAACUACCUGGUGCUUCCCAAUCGGAUCACCGUUCCUCUCGUCAGUGAAGUCCAGAUAGCUCAGCUGCGGUUUCCUAUACCAAAGGGUGUUCUAAGGAUACAUUUUAUUGAAGCUCAGGAUCUUCAGGGGAAAGAUACGUACCUUAAGGGACUCGUCAGGGGAAAAUCUGACCCGUAUGGAGUUCUUCGAGUCGGCAACCAGAUCUUCCAAAGCAAGGUCAUCAGAGAGAGCCUGAGUCCGAAGUGGAACGAGGUGUACGAGGCUCUAGUCUAUGAACAUCCUGGACAGGAAUUAGAGAUUGAGCUCUUCGAUGAAGACCCAGACAAGGAUGACUUCCUAGGAAGUCUUAUGAUUGAUCUUAUUGAAGUUGAAAAGGAGCGCCUUUUAGAUGAAUGGUUCACCCUGGACGAGGUCCCCAGAGGAAAGCUGCACUUGAAACUGGAGUGGCUCACGUUAAUGCCAAAUGCUUCAAACCUCGACAAGGUGCUAACAGACAUCAGGGCUGACAGAGACGAAGCCAAUGAUGGUCUUUCUUCCUCGUUGCUGAUCUUGUAUUUGGAUUCAGCAAGGAACCUUCCGAGUAUCUACGAGGGAAACUUUGGGUGUGGAUACUUAAAAGAGAGGCGAGCGUCGGGACUAGUGUUUUGUGAAAAUACUACCUCAGUCUAUAGAGCACUAUUUAGUAACCCAUUAGAAUUUAACCCUGAUGUCUUGAAGAAGUCUGCAGUUCAGAAAGCUUUAAAGUCAGGGAAGAAAAUAAACAGCCAUCCAAACCCUCUUGUCCAGAUGUCAGUCGGACACAAGGCCCAGGAGAGCAAGAUUCGGUACAAAACCAACGAGCCUGUGUGGGAGGAGCACUUCACCUUCUUCAUUCACAAUCCCAGGCGCCAGGACCUCGAAGUCGAGGUCAAAGAUGAACAGCAUCAGUGUUCUCUGGGGCAUCUGAAGAUCCCUCUCAGUCAGCUGCUCACCAGUGACGACAUGACCAUGAACCAGCGCUUCCAGCUCAGUAAUUCAGGGCCCAACAGCACUCUGAAGAUGAAGAUCGCCCUCAGGGUACUCCACCUCGAAAAGCAAGAAAGGUCUCCAGACCACCAACACUCAGCUCAAGUAAAGCGACCCUCUGUUUCUAAAGAAGGGAGGCAGAUAUCUGUGAGAUCUCAGAAGUCUGCGUCGCCAGGCUCUGGGGACAGCAGCACAGCCCCGUGCACUCCAGUCAUGGGGAGCAGCAGUAAGCCUGGCAUGGAAGAGAGAACCCAGCCUGUGGAGGCCAGCCCCCAGGGGCUGCGAGACCUGGGCAGGAGCUCUUCCAGCCUCCAGACCGGUGCCACCUGCUCCCCCAGCCAUGUCUCCGUUAAGGAGCCCACCCCAAGCAUAGCCUCAGACAUAUCACUGCCCAUCGCCACCCAGGAGCUUCGUCAGAGACUUCGGCAGCUGGAGAAUGGGACGACCCUGGGCCAGUCGCCUCUGGGGCAGAUCCAGCUGACCAUCCGGCACAGCUCCCAGAGGAACAAACUUGUGGUGGUCGUGCACUCCUGCAGAAAUCUCAUUGCCUUCUCUGAAGAUGGCUCUGACCCCUAUGUCCGCAUGUAUUUGUUGCCAGACAAGAGGAGAUCAGGAAGGAGAAAAACACAUGUGUCAAAGAAAACACUGAACCCCGUGUUUGACCAGAGCUUUGAUUUCAGUGUCUCGCUGCCCGAGGUGCAGAGGAGGACGCUGGACGUGGCGGUGAAGAACAGCGGCGGUUUCCUGUCCAAAGACAAAGGGCUUCUUGGCAAAGUGUUGGUCGGUCUGGCGUCCGAAGAACUAGCCAGGGGUUGGACCCAGUGGUACGACCUCACAGAAGAUGGCACGAGACCACACGUGGUGACGUAGUCCAUCUGGCGCGAGGAGCCUGCCCUGGUGUCCCCACCCACGCUGUGUGCUCAGAGCGCACCCUCCCGCUCAUGUACCAAUACUGGUUUUAUAAUUUCACUGUAUUUAGUUAUAUAAAUCUUCAUAGUUUUAUAAACCAUGUUGACAUUUUAGGCAUAUUUGGCCAAUAUUAUCGUUAGCUUUUAUAUGUUUAAUUUUCUCUAGUAUUUCACCUGUUACAGUAGUGUGUAAUAGGGUAGCAGUUAGUUACUGUGUCACAUAAAGAGGUUUGUCCGUUUUCUCUGCCAGGAACCAGAUGUAUGUAUGUGCUUUACUGUUGCCUUGUUUUGUACACACUGGGGUACACUAUGCCAUGUAAAUAGACUAUUUUUUAUAAUCUCUACAUGCUGGUUUGAAUUCCGAAGAAAAUGGAUUAAGGAAAUAUAUUUUUUUUCUUCUAAAAUGUAUUAAAUUCUUAUGACAGAUAAUCACUUUGUCUUCGCAGGGUAAAGUUCUCAGUGACCAGUUUUAUGGUGUUUCUUAUUAAAAAGGCUGAAAGUUUAAAUAUUAGUAUACUUCUGCCCAUCAUGAAUGAUGAAAGUAUUCAAAAUACUACCAGUUUCUUAAAGAUGUAUCGUUGAGAGUUGAGUGCGUAUAAGGAAAAGUGUAGCUGAGCAACGCAGAAUACGAAGAGCGUUGCCAUGAUCCAUGGAUCAUGGGGCGCUAGUUUGAAAUUUCUUACGUAAAAUGAAAUGUCUUACGUUUAUUUUUAAUUGCUUGAUACAAGUUAUUCAUGAAGUAGUACACAGAUACACAGUUACACUUCCUAAAAUAGAACACAAAUUUUCAGUGUUUUCCCAGCCUGUGAAGACAGGCUCACGUGGUCACCAUGAAGUGUGUGGGGUGGGUCUUAAGUAGGCGGGGAGUCGGUUUGAAAACCGACAGCUCAUCCAUGUGGCCAUCGGUGCCAUGUCGUCCAUCGGAUUCCCUGCGUGAGGCCGCCGGCUGCGGGGCCGAGGGCUCCGGCUUCGCGGCUGGUGAUUGUAAAUAACCAUUUCCUGAGUCUCCUCACUUUAUGCCAUGACUGACCUCAGUACUGGGAUAUUGUUAUACAGCUUUUGUUUGGGUUAUUUGUUUCCUUUUGGGUUAGUAUAGCAUGUUCACAUGCCCGAGGCUCUGCAGUCGUGUCGUUGGCUGAGCGCGUCUCUGAGAAGCGUCUGAUGCAAAGGACUUCCUUCGCCAUGAGAACAUUCUGGGGUCAUGUACUCGGAGACCGAGGGAGUGGAACUCGGUGACCGGACCUGGAGAGCUCGUGGACUCACGGACUGCUCGUGUGACCAAAAUACCAAAGUGCCUGUGGUGGGUGCUGGUGUGACUUCUGCACACUCCUGCCUUCCGGCGAUUUCACGUUGGUUUUAACUGACGCGUGGAACCAUGGGUUUGUUCAUAAUGGAGUCUGUAGUUCACGACACUUUUCACGUCAUCGUAAAGACUGCAUAACCUCACCGUUCCCUAGUUAGUGAAACCUCACUGUCAGCCGUGUCCAAUGUUCAUGUACAGGAGGGAGUUUAUUAAUGUUUCAGUGCACACACAAACUAGGAGCACACAAAUUAGCUGUGGUGUUUUAGUAGCGUGGUGCAGGCAGGGAACUACUUACUAAAUCUGGUCGCCUGCCCAUGGUAUUAGAUUUGUUUUCUUCAUUCAGUCUGUUGAAGGGCUUCUGGCAUGAUCUGUAAAAGAGAACUGCUCACUGAAAUGCUUCAUACCAAUGCUUUUUACCAACACCCUAAACAUUGGGGUUUUGCAGUCAUGUGCUCACCUGUUUGGUACAUAUUUACCUUAUGGAUUUAUUUUAUUUAACAAAUGAGACAAAGUAAAUACAAUGAAAGGUGGAAAGCCAGUUAGCAGCAUGACACUGGCCUUGCGACCCAGGGGCCGGGGAGCCUGGAGACAGACCCUUCUGCAGGUUCCGAGGCCUCUGGCAGCAGACUUUGUUCUGUUCUGCUUGAAAGGAAAGGGACUAUUCUAAAGACGUAAACCGCUUCCCGAGGUGAUUCCGUCCUGUGGCAACGUGAGCAUUUACCGAGAAGCUCUUCUGUCCUGUGGGGAGAGGCGAGAAUGACCGUUGAGGCCAGACUCGGCACUCCGGGAUCCUGGAGUGGAGAACACCGGAGUCCUCGAAAUGUUCAUCCCUGGUUCUUAGUGAUCAAUUCGUCCAGGAAAAGGGAACGUUAACUUUUCUAUAUUGAGCCAAACCAGUGGGAGGAAAAUUAAAUGGAUUUGAAUUUUGUUAGUUUGUACAUGUGGGUUGCUUAUCCUGUGCCUUAAAAUAUGGAAGUGUGGCAGUGGUGUUUUCAGGUUUCAGAUCACAGCUGUACGCACCGCAAAGUACAUUCUGCCCUAGGAGAGUUCGUGUCGCUGACACGCUUCAGCAGGAGGUCAGCCCUUCAGGAACCGUGCGGCCAGCGUGUGUGUGUUUACACUCUGGUCGCUGCCCGCUGCAAGUGGGAAACAGAGGGGGUUUUUUAAUUAUUAUUAUAGAAUGUCCUUUUUGAUCAACUAAUUUUACAUGACAAUGCAUGUAUUUAUUCAAUAAACUUUUACGUUACCUAA